UAUUCUUUGCUUCGAUGGGGGUGCCACCUGUGUGUGAAACCCGCAUAUGCUGAUAAGAGUAUGCCUACUUACCUACCACAUCGUAACGAACUCGAAACACAGCAUUCCUAGCGACAUUGCCCAUUCUUUAAUUCGAAAUCCCACAUCUUUGAGCGUUCCAAAAGUAUUCCGAUGACACGUCAAAUACUUCCCCAUGUUUUGACGUUUCAGCGGUCGAGUCGGGGGAGCUUAAACAGGCGCCUAACCGUCGUGUGGAUUGCAAAUACUCCGCUUAAUCCAAGGUAAAUUAAAAGUGGCCGGAUUUUGCAUGCUUGCGAUUCGACUUUGUUAUAGGAUUGUGUGGAAACCGAAAACGGCGAGUUGGGCAAUAGUUGGAGUGGUGCGGAAGGAUGGAUUCACGAGCUGGUGAUUAUGAUCUGUUUCGGGAUAGCUGGCUCCGGUUUUUAGGAUAUGCAAAUGAAGUUGGUGAGGCAUUUCGGCCCUUAAUUCCAAGGAGUAUAGUUCGGCUUUCGUAUGGUGUCGCUAUUGGCUACGUGUUGGCUGAUGUCGGUAGCAAAACGAAAGAAACAUAUGAGGGUAAUAAGAAGGUUAAAAAUGCAGCAAUUACAGCAUUAGAUGUCUUCCUAUGGCAAUUAUUUGCCUCCGUUAUUAUCCCAGGAUUCACAAUAAAUCGAAUCACUGCUCUAUCUGGUCGUUUAUUAAGAAACUCAAAAAAGACAAAUGAAGCAAUCAAGCGGCUUGGGCCAACCGCUAUAGGCUUGAUAUCCAUUCCAUUCAUUGUGAAACCAAUCGAUGCAUUCGUCACUUACACAAUGGAUGAAACGUAUAGAAAACAUGUAAAAUCUUGAGCGGAAUGACGCAAGCUGUAGAUUGUUAGUUAUUAGUUUUAUUAGGUUUCUUACUUUAUAGGUUGAAAUUAGAGGUUAUUUCUUAUUCAAAUUGAUAGCGCAAGAGUUCUAAUCAAUUAGAUGGUAAGCAACAUGAUCACAUUUGUAUGUCGUGAAAUAUUGGUUGGUAAGGUUAACACCAAACUGUGAAAAUUAGUUCAUUAUAGUUUAGUAGGUAAAUCAUAUUUUUCUAUCGAUUCAGUGAAUGAUUAUUUUAUAAUUGAAAAGUAUUAAUUGACUCAUUCAAAUGUUGGUACGAUUCGCCUAUACGUACAAUAUUAGAUACUUUUUAGUUUAUUCUUUAUAACCUAUCAGAAUAUUUGGAAUUUCACAUAUUGUAAAAAUCUCAAUAAAUGUUAAUAGCUUCUA